AUGCCGAGUCUCCCACACUCGGGCUGUGGUCUUGCAAAAUGUAAAUUCGGAGAAACCCUAAAACCCGUUUUCGCAAGAAAAUAUAUAUUCCACCAAAGCCUCACUUUCUUCGAGUAUUCAACAUUUCUCCCCUUUCCAUGGUCGCUCCAUCGCUCGUUUUAUCGAACAUUCGUUGAGCUUCAUUCCUUCCUCUCCGCAGCUAGACAAGGGGAAGGCGAGGCUGUUGACGAUCGUGAUUCCGAGAGCCUACUCAAGAAGCAGCGCCUCUGUUCCUCCUUCACCAACAACAAAACUACCGAGGAGACAAAUUGCAGUGAGACUAUUAACAGCCUAGGUGUAGGGAACAGUAAUAGUAAGGUCGCCGAAGAACUAACAAUCACAGAAAUGGCGUUUGAUAAUGGAAAAACCCAUGAUAUCGAUGAGGAUCUGCACAGCCGGCAGCUUGCGGUGUAUGGACGAGAGACGAUGCGGCGGCUUUUUGCUUCGAAUGUUCUUGUGUCUGGAAUGCAGGGCCUUGGGGCUGAGAUUGCCAAGAACCUUAUCCUUGCUGGUGUGAAGUCUGUAACAUUGCAUGAUGAAGGUACAGUAGAACUGUGGGAUUUAUCCAGCAACUUUGUUUUCUCGGAAAAGGAUUUGGGUAAGAAUAGGGCACUCGCUUCAAUUCAGAAACUACAAGAACUCAAUAAUGCUGUGGCAAUCUCUACUCUGACUACGAAAUUGAGUGUAGAACAACUUUCUGAUUUCCAGUUCACUGUAUUUGAUGUCGAUGGUGAGGAACCCCAUACGGGUAUCAUUGCAUCUAUUAGUAACGACAAUCCUGCUCUUGUGGGUUGUGUGGAUGAUGAAAGACUGGAGUUCCAGGAUGGCGACUUAGUUGUGUUCUCUGAAAUUCGAGGAAUGACAGAACUCAAUGAUGGAAAGCCAAGAAAAAUAAAAAAUGCUCGUCCUUAUUCAUUCACCCUUGAGGAUGAUACAACUAAUUUUGGUAGGUAUGAGAGAGGUGGUAUUGUGACUCAGGUAAAGCAGCCCAAGGUUUUGAACUUUAAGCCACUGAAAGAAGCAAUCAAAGAUCCUGGUGAUUUCCUUCUUUCCGAUUUCUCCAAGUUUGACAGGCCGCCCCUCUUGCAUUUGGCAUUCCAAUCACUAGAUAAGUUUGUGUCUGAAUUGGGGCGUUUCCCAGUGGCUGGUUCUGAAGAGGAUGCUCAAAGAUUGAUAUCUAUAACUAGUGACAUGAAUGAGAGCUUAGGUGAUGGGAAACUGGAUGAUAUAAAUCCAAAACUCUUGCGACACUUUGCUUUCGGUGCCCGAGCUGUUCUGAAUCCUAUGGCUGCCAUGUUUGGUGGCAUUGUGGGGCAGGAGGUUGUGAAAGCAUGCUCUGGAAAGUUUCAUCCGCUAUUUCAGUUCUUUUACUUCGACUCCAUAGAAUCACUUCCCACAGAUACAUCAGAUCUCAGUGAUUUCAAACCUUUAAAUAGCCGUUACGAUGCCCAGAUUUCAGUCUUUGGGUCUAAGCUUCAAAAGAAACUAGAAGAUGCAAAGGUCUUUGUUGUUGGAUCUGGUGCCCUUGGCUGUGAGUUUCUGAAAAAUUUAGCUCUGAUGGGAGUUUCAUGUGGAAAACAAGGGAAAUUAACUAUCACUGAUGACGAUGUAAUAGAGAAGAGUAACCUCAGCAGGCAAUUCCUUUUUCGAGACUGGAACAUUGGGCAGCCGAAGUCCACUGUUGCUGCUUCUGCUGCCUUAUCAAUAAACCCUCUUCUUCACAUUGAAGCUUUACAGAAUCGGGUGGGCCCCGAAACGGAGAAUGUUUUUGACGAUGCCUUCUGGGAGAAUCUCAGUGUUGUGAUUAAUGCCCUUGACAAUGUAAAUGCUAGGCUUUAUGUUGACCAGCGAUGCUUGUACUUCCAGAAACCCCUUCUUGAGUCUGGAACAUUAGGUGCCAAAUGCAAUACCCAGAUGGUCAUACCCCACCUAACUGAAAAUUAUGGUGCUUCUCGAGAUCCUCCAGAGAAACAAGCACCCAUGUGCACUGUCCACUCCUUCCCACACAAUAUUGAUCAUUGCUUGACAUGGGCUCGAUCAGAGUUUGAGGGCCUGCUGGAAAAGACACCUGCUGAAGCAAAUGCUUUUCUUUCUAAUCCUGGUGAGUAUGCAUCUGCAAUGAGAAAUGCCGGGGAUGCUCAAGCCAGAGACAAUCUGGAACGUGUAAUUGAGUGCCUUGACAAGGAAAGAUGUGAAUCAUUUCAAGAUUGCAUCACGUGGGCCCGCCUAAAGUUUGAGGAUUACUUUGCAAACAGGGUGAAGCAGUUGACAUUCACCUUCCCUGAAGAUGCUGCAACCAGUACUGGUGCACCUUUCUGGUCAGCCCCGAAGCGUUUUCCACGUCCCUUGCAGUUCUCUACCACUGACCCUAGCCAUCUUCAUUUUGUUAUGGCUGCAUCUAUUUUGCGUGCCGAGACAUUCGGCAUUCCCAUUCCUGACUGGGCGAAGAACCCUAAGAAACUAGCUGAGGCUAUUGAUAAAGUCAUUGUACCUGAUUUCCAACCCAGAAAAGAUGUCAAAAUUGUUACUGAUGAAAAAGCUACCAGUCUUGCUACUUCGUCCGUGGAUGAUGCUGCUGUCAUUGAUGAAUUGAUUAUGAAGCUGGAAAAAUCUAGGGUGACUUUGCCAGCUAAGUUCAGGAUGAAACCAAUUCAGUUUGAAAAGGAUGACGAUACAAACUACCACAUGGACCUGAUAGCCGCGCUUGCCAACAUGCGGGCCCGAAACUACAGCAUUCCCGAAGUCGACAAGCUGAAAGCCAAAUUCAUAGCCGGACGUAUCAUCCCUGCCAUCGCCACCUCAACUGCCAUGGCCACCGGCCUCGUCUGCCUCGAGCUCUACAAGGCCAUAAGUGGGGCCCACAAGCUUGAGGACUACCGCAACACGUUUGCCAACCUUGCGCUGCCGCUGUUCUCAAUGGCCGAGCCCGUGCCUCCCAAGGUCGUGAAGCACCGGGACAUGAGCUGGACUGUGUGGGACCGGUGGAUCAUCAAGGGCGACCCCACUCUCCGGGAGCUUCUUCGGUGGCUUUCCGACAAGGGCUUGAAUGCGUACAGUAUCUCGUUCGGGAGCUGUUUGCUGUACAACAGCAUGUUCCCUCGGCAUAAGGAGCGUAUGGACAGGAAGGUUGCUGAGCUGGCGAGGGAUGUGGCAAAGGUGGAUCUGCCAUCUGGCCGCAACCACCUGGAUGUGGUGGUGGCGUGUGAGGAUGACGAAGAUAAUGACGUUGAUAUCCCUCAGAUAUCAGUUUACUUCCAAAUCGGACGGGGAUUUUGCAGCUCAUUUCACUACAUGGUUCCUAGAAAGAGACAAGGGGAAGGCGAGGCUGUUAACGGUCGUGAUUCUGAGAGCUUACCCAAGAAACAGUGCCUCUGUUCCUCCCCCACUAACAGAAAAAGUACCAAGGAGACAAAUAGCAGUGAGACUAUUGAUAGCUUGGGUGUAGGGAACAGUAGCAUUAAGGUCACCGGAAGUUCGGAGGAACCAACGAUCACAGAAAUGGCGUUUGGAAAUGGAAAAACCCAUGAUAUCGAUGAGGAUCUUCACAGCCGUCAGCUUGCAGUGUAUGGGCGAGAGACAAUGCGGCGGCUUUUCGCAUCGAAUGUUCUUGUGUCUGGAAUGCAGGGCCUCGGUGCUGAGAUUGCUAAGAACCUUAUCCUGGCUGGUGUGAAGUCUGUGACAUUGCAUGAUGAAGGCACAGUUGAACUGUGGGAUUUAUCCAGUAGCUUUGUUUUCUCGGAAAAGGAUUUGGGUAAGAACAGGGCACUUGCUUCAGUUCAGAAGCUACAAGAACUCAAUAAUGCUGUGGCUAUCUCAACGUUGACUACAAAAUUGAGUGUAGAACAACUUUGUCAUUACCAGUUCACUGUCUUUGAUGUCGAUGGUGAGGAACCUCAUACAGGUAUCAUUGCAUCUAUAAGUAACGACAAUCCUUCUCUUGUGGGUUGUGUGGAUGAUGAAAGACUGGAGUUCCAGGAUGGUGACUUAGUUGUGUUCUCUGAAAUUCGAGGAAUGACACAACUCAAUGAUGGAAAGCCAAGAAAAAUAAAAAAUGCCCGUCCUUAUUCUUUUACCCUUGAGGAAGAUACAACUAAUUUUGGUAGGUAUGAGAGAGGUGGUAUUGUGACUCAGGUAAAACAGCCCAAGGUUUUGAAAUUUAAGCCACUGAAAGAAGCAAUCAAAGAUCCUGGUGAUUUCCUUCUUUCCGAUUUCUCCAAGUUUGACAGGCCGCCCCUCUUGCAUUUGGCAUUCCAAUCACUAGAUAAGUUUGUGUCUGAAUUGGGGCGUUUCCCAGUUGCUGGUUCUGAAGAGGAUGCCCAAAGGUUGAUAUCAAUAACUAACGACAUGAAUGAGAGCUUUGGUGAUGGGAAACUGGAUGAUAUUAAUCCAAAACUCUUGAGACACUUUGCUUUUGGUGCCCGAGCUGUUCUGAAUCCUAUGGCUGCCAUGUUUGGUGGCGUUGUGGGGCAGGAGGUUGUGAAAGCAUGCUCUGGAAAGUUUCAUCCGCUAUUUCAGUUCUUUUACUUCGACUCCAUAGAAUCACUUCCCACUGAUACAUCAGAUCCCAGUGAUUUCAAACCUUUAAAUAGUCGUUACGAUGCCCAGAUUUCAGUCUUUGGUUCUAAGCUUCAAAAGAAACUAGAAGAUGCAAAGGUCUUUGUUGUUGGAUCUGGUGCCCUUGGCUGUGAGUUUCUGAAAAAUUUAGCUCUGAUGGGAGUUUCAUGUGGAAAACAAGGGAAAUUAACUAUCACUGAUGACGAUGUAAUAGAGAAGAGUAACCUCAGCAGGCAAUUCCUUUUCCGAGACUGGAACAUUGGGCAGCCGAAGUCCACUGUUGCUGCUUCUGCUGCCUUAUCAAUAAACCCUCUUCUUCACAUUGAAGCUUUACAGAAUCGGGUGGGCCCCGAAACGGAGAAUGUUUUUUAUGAUGCCUUCUGGGAGAAUCUCAGUGUUGUGAUUAAUGCCCUUGACAAUGUUAAUGCUAGGCUUUAUGUUGACCAGAGAUGCCUGUACUUCCAAAAACCCCUUCUUGAGUCUGGAACCUUAGGUGCCAAAUGCAAUACCCAAAUGGUCAUACCUCACCUAACUGAAAAUUAUGGUGCUUCUCGAGACCCUCCAGAGAAACAAGCACCCAUGUGCACUGUCCACUCCUUCCCACACAAUAUCGAUCAUUGCUUGACAUGGGCUCGAUCAGAGUUCGAGGGCCUGCUUGAAAAGACACCUGCUGAAGUAAAUGCUUUUCUUUCUAAUCCGGGUGAGUAUGCAUCUGCAAUGAAAAAUGCCGGGGAUGCUCAAGCCAGAGACAAUCUGGAACGUGUAAUUGAGUGCCUCGACAAGGAGAGAUGUGAAUCAUUCCAAGAUUGCAUUACAUGGGCUCGCCUAAAGUUUGAGGAUUAUUUUGCAAACAGGGUUAAGCAGUUGACGUUCACCUUCCCUGAAGAUGCUGCAACAAGUACUGGUGCACCUUUCUGGUCAGCCCCGAAGCGUUUCCCUCAUCCCCUGCAGUUCUCAAACACUGACCCUAGCCAUCUUCAUUUUGUUAUGGCUGCAUCUAUUUUGCGGGCCAAGACAUUUGGCAUUCCCAUGCCUGACUGGGCAAAGAACUCUAAGAAACUAGCUGAGGCUGUUGGUAAAAUCAUUGUACCUAAUUUCCAACCCAAAAAAGAUGUCAAAAUUGUUACUGAUGAAAAAGCUACUAGUCUUGCUGCUGCUUCUUUGGAUGAUGCUGCUGUUAUUGAUGAGUUAAUUACGAAGCUGGAAAAGUGUAGGGCGACCAUGCCAGCUAUGUUCAGGAUGAAACCAAUUCAGUUUGAAAAGGAUGACGAUACAAACUACCACAUGGACCUGAUAGCAGCGCUCGCCAACAUGCGGGCCCGAAACUACAGCAUUCCCGAAGUCGACAAGCUGAAAGCCAAAUUCAUAGCCGGACGUAUCAUCCCUGCCAUCGCCACCUCAACUGCCAUGGCCACUGGCCUCGUCUGCCUCGAGCUCUACAAAGCCAUAAGUGGGGCCCACAAGCUAGAGGACUACCGCAACACGUUUGCCAACCUGGCGCUGCCGCUGUUCUCAAUGGCCGAGCCUGUGCCUCCCAAGGUCGUGAAGCACCGGGACAUGAGCUGGACUGUGUGGGACCGGUGGAUCAUCAAAGGUGACCCCACUCUCCGGGAGCUUCUCCGGUGGCUUUCCGACAAGGGCUUGAAUGCGUACAGUAUCUCGUUUGGGAGCUGUUUGCUGUACAACAGCAUGUUCCCUCGGCACAAGGAACGCAUGGACAGGAAGGUUGCUGAGCUGGCAAGGGAUGUGGCAAAGGUGGAUCUGCCACCUGGCCGCAACCACCUUGAUGUGGUGGUGGCGUGUGAGGAUGAUGAGGAUAAUGACGUUGAUAUCCCUCAGAUAUCCGUUUACUUCCGUUGAACGUUUUAUAAUAUCUCUGGCCUUCAAAUGGAAUUAUUCCAUAUCUUGAACUAUUUUACCAUUUAUUGUCUUGGACUAUGUUGUCUGAGGUCCGACCACAAGUAAUAUUGUUAUUUAGGUAAGUAUAUUUUGCGCCGUCAUGUGCUUGAUUCGUAAGAUUGUUAGUUUUCUGUCGGGACCUAUGGUUAGACUGUUUAAGUUUUAUGGCUAAGCCAUAAUGAUAUUCCCUGGUUUUUAAGGUGUUGUGUACUUGUGUUGAUUCGUGGUUGUGAAAAUGUUAGAUUCUCAUUUUUGAAACCACUAUGUUAAUUCUAAUU